AUGACUAUAUAUCUAUUUGAUUUGAAACUACAUUUUGAUAAAACAAUUACCCAGUUAUUCCAACGUAUCAACAACAUAACAAGAAAACGGGACCCACUCCAUUUCUUGCAAAGUAUUUUGGAUUUGACACAAAAGAAAACUUUAGAAGAGGCAUUUAGAGAUAUAUCCAGUCUGACAAGAACUAAUGCCGACGUCCUGACAAUUCUGGAGAAUAUUCAGAAGGAAUCAGGCCACACAGACAUAAUAGAUUUCUUCAGGCAACUCAUAAAAAUAACUGAAACUAGAACUAUAAUUCACGCAUGGAGAAUUAUUACUACCAUUACAAGGGAAACUGACAUCUUCAUAAUAAUACGUCGCUUCAAGAUCUACACAACAAUAGAUAUUAUUGUUAUAUUCAAAACAUUGUUACGUAUAACAAAAACAACGAAUUUGACGACCGCCAUCACUAAAAUAUAUUCCUUGUUAAAUGUUCAUGGACUAUUCGAAUGUUUCGACAUCAUCCACAAACACACAAGGACUGAUGUCAUCCAAUUCUUCAAUAUUUUCAUCACUUUAAGCAAAACACAGACUCUCGAGAAUUGUGUCAGAAAACUGUUGCAGUUCACUAAAAAGACAACUUUCGUCGAUGCACUGUUGGUACUUUCGAUCGUAACAAAACAAAACGAUUUUACAAAACAAAUUGCUUACAUAAAGAACAACAAACCACCACAAAAUACAACACAAAAACCAGUGACAAAUGGGCCUAAUAGACCUAACGGCUCUACACCUAGCUCACAAGGAAAUGGACCAAACGGCUCUACAACUAGCUCACAAGGAAAUGGCCCUAACGGCUCUACACCUAGCUCACAAGGAAAUGGCCCAAACGGCUCUACUCCUAGCUCACAAGGAAAUGGCCCUAACGGCUCUACUCCUAGCUCACAAGGAAAUGGACCUAACGGCUCAACACCUAGCUCACAAGGAAAUGGACCUAACGGCUCUACUCCUAGCUCACAAGGAAAUGGACCUAACGGCUCAACACCUAGCCCACAAGGAAAUGGACCAAACGGCUCUACUCCUAGAUCACAAGGAAAUGGACCUAACGACUCUACUCCUAGCCCACAAGGAAAUGGACCUAACGGCUCUACACCUAACUCACAAGGAAAUGGACCAAAUGGCUCCACACCUAGCUCACAAGGAAAUGGACAAAACGGCUCUACACCUAGCUCACAAGGAAAUGGCCCUAACGGCUCUACUCCUGGCUCACAAGGAAAUGGACCUAACGGCUCAACACCUAGCUCACAAGGAAAUGGACCUAAUGGUUCUACUCCCAGCUCACAAGGAAAUGGCCCUAACGGUUACACACCUAGCCCACAAGGAAAUGGACCUAACGGUUCUACUCCCAGCUCACAAGGAAAUGGACCUAACGGUUACACACCUAGCCCACAAGGAAAUGGACCUAACGGCUCUACUCCCAGCUCACAAGGAAAUGGACCUAACGGUUACACACCUAGCCCACAAGGAAAUGGCCCUAACGGUUCUACACCUAGCUCACAAGGAAAUGUACCUAACGGCUCAACACCUAGCUCACAAGGAAAUGGACCUAACGGUUCUACUCCCAGCUCACAAGGAAAUGGCCCUAACGGUUACACACCAAGCCCGCAAGGAAAUGGACCUAACGGUUCUACUCCCAGCUCACAAGGAAAUGGACCUAACGGUUACACACCUAGCCCACAAGGAAAUGGACCUAACGGUUCUUCUCCCAGCUCACAAGGAAAUGGACCUAACGGUUACACACCUAGCCCACAAGGAAAUGGCCCUAACGGUUCUACACCAAGCUCACAAGGAAAUGUACCUAACGGCUCAACACCUAGCUCACAAGGAAAUGGACCUAACGGUUCUACUCCCAGCUCACAAGGAAAUGGACCUAACGGUUACACACCUAGCCUACAAGGAAAUGGACCUAACGGUUCUACUCCCAGCUCACAAGGAAAUGGACCUAACGGUUCCACACCUAGCCCACAAGGAAAUGGAUCUAACGGCUCUACUCCUAGCCCACAAGGAAAUGGACCUAACGGAUAUACUCCUAGCCCACAAGGAAAUGGACCAAAUGGAACUAACGGCUCUACACCUAGCUCACAAGGAAAUGGAUCUAACGGCUCAACUCCUAGCCCACAAGGAAAUGGCCCUAACGGCUCGACACCUAGCUCACAAGGAAAUAGACCAAAUGGCUCCACCCCUAGCCCACAAGGAAAUGGCCCUAACGGCUCUACACCUAGCUCACAAGGAAAUGGACCUAACGGCUCUACUCCUUCCUCACAAGGAAAUGGACCUAACGGCUCUACUCCUAGCCCACAAGGAAAUGGACCUAACGGUUACACACCUAGCCCACAAGGAAAUGGACCUAACGGCUCUACUCCUAGCUCACAAGGAAAUUGGUCUAACGGCUCUACACCUAGCUCACAAGGAAAUGGACCUAACGGCUCAACACCUAGCCCACAAGGAAAUGGACCUAACGGCUCAACACCUAGCUCACAAGGAAAUGGACCUAACGGUUCCACACCUAGCCCACAAGGAAAUGGACCUAACGGCUUUACUCCUAGCCCACAAGGAAAUGGACCAAACGGCUAUACUCCUAGCCCACAAGGAAAUGGACCAAAUGGAACUAACGGCUCUACACCUAGCUCACAAGGAAAUGGACCAAACGGCUCUACACCUAGCUCACAAGGAAAUGGAUCUAACGGCUCAACUCCUAGCCCACAAGGAAAUGGCCCUAACGGCUCGACACCUAGCUCACAAGGAAAUGGACCAAAUGGCUCCACCCCUAGCCCACAAGGAAAUGGCCCUAACGGCUCUACACCUAGCUCACAAGGAAAUGGACCUAACGGCUCUACUCCUAGCUCACAAGGAAAUGGACCUUACGGCUCUACUCCUAGCCCACAAGGAAAUGGACCAAAUGGCUCCACACCUAGCCCACAAGGAAAUGGUCCUAAUGGCUCAACACCUAGCUCACAAGGAAAUGGACCAAACGGCUCUACACCUAGCUCACAAGGAAAUGGCCCCAACGGCUCUACUCCUAGCUCACAAGGAAAUGGACCUAACGGUUACACACCUAGCCCACAAGGAAAUGGCCCUAACGGCUCUACACCUAGCUCACAAGGAAAUGGACCAAAUGGCUCCACCCCUAGCCCACAAGGAAAUGGCCCUAACGGCUCUACACCUAGCCCACAAGGAAAUGGACCAAACGGUUCUACUCCCAGCUCACAAGGAAAUGGACCAAAUGGCUCUACACCUAGCUCACAAGGAAAUGGACCAAACGGCUCUACACCUAGCUCACAAGGAAAUGGACCAAAUGGCUCCACCCCUAGCCCACAAGGAAAUGGCCCUAACGGCUCUACACCUAGCCCACAAGGAAAUGGCCCUAACGGCUCUACACCUAGCCCACAAGGAAAUGGACCUAACGGUUCUACUCCCAGCUCACAAGGAAAUGGACCAAACGGCUCUACACCUAGCUCACAAGGAAAUGGACCAAACGGCUCUACACCUAGCUCACAAGGAAAUGGACCAAACGGCUCUACUCCUUCCUCACAAGGAAAUGGCCCUAACGGCUCUACACCUAGCCCACAAGGAAAUGGACCUAACGGUUCUACUCCCAGCUCACAAGGAAAUGGACCAAACGGCUCUACACCUAGCCCACAAGGAAAUGGACCAAAUGUACCUAAGCCAGGCCAAACAUGUGGAAACAAGCCUGGCAGUCCCGCCUCUGGCAACCAGCCUAAUGGGCCUGGCAGUGACAUCGAUCUGGACCUGCAAGCGCUUCAAACUGUUGUGGACCUUCAAUUCGUGAUUCUACCCCGAGGACCAAGGAAUACUAAAAAUUGUUACUGUACUUGCGACAGUCCAAGAGCGCCAAAAUUGAUCAGAAUGAAAGAUUUGCCCGCGGGAAAUAACUAAAUAUUACAUUUAUUUAGCUAACUGUUUUCAAUUGUUUAAUUUUUUAUCAAUGAAUUUGUGUUUAUCAUAAUAUUAUAUA